AUGAGCACCGCAACCAAGUUUGCAUCCGCCAAUCUUGACGACGUGGUAGAGGCCUUGACGCAGGAAGAGGCCAUCAGUCUCAUCGGUGGCCAUGGAAUGUGGCAUACAGCGCCCAUUCCGAGACUCGGAGUCCCGGCUCUAAAGGUUUCAGACGGGCCCAAUGGAGUCCGAGGUAACCACUUUUUCUGCUCGACACCAGCCAAAGUUAUACCGAGUGCUACGGCGUUGGGUGCAACGUUUGACCCUGUCCUUAUCCAGUCUGUGGCUUCAAAGCUGCUCGCAGCAGAGGCCAAGCUCAGGGCGGCUUCUGUCAUUCUAGCCCCCACGGUCAAUAUCCAACGUUCUCCCCUCGGUGGUCGUAGCUUUGAGUCCUUUUCCGAGGACCCUUAUUUGUCUGGUACUAUUGCCUCUGCAUAUAUCAAUCUUGUGGCAUUGGAGCUUGCAUCAAGCACUAUACCCCUUCGAGAAAUCUACCUCUACCCAUUCAUGUUGGCACAGAAGUACAGCAAGCCAUGGGCCUUUAUGACUGCAUACAACAAGGUCAACGGCAUUCAUGCGUCGGAGAAUGCCUUUCUCUUGCAAGACGUUUUGCGCAAGGAGUGGGGGUCAGAUGCAUGCACAAUGUCUGACUGGUUCGGCACCUAUUCUAUCGCAGAGAGUAUCAACGCUGGCCUCGACCUGGAAAUGCCUGGGACGAUCAAGUUUCGUUCAGAACACCACACGGCUUGGUCGAUACACUGUCGCAAAAUCACGCUCAAGACGGUGAAGGAAAGAGCAAAAAGCGUCCUAAACUUGGUUCAAAGGGCGAGCAAGGGUUGCCCAGAGGUUCUUGACGGAGACGGCGAGGAGAGAACAAACGACUGUGAAGAAGAUACGGCCAGGAUGCGUGAUCUUGCAGCUCGGACCAUUGUGCUGCUCAAAAAUGACAGAGACAUCCUCCCAUUGUCUGUAAACUCUUUGACCAAGGUUGCCGUCAUUGGGGGCAACGCAAAGGCUCCUGUGCUGUCUGGAGGAGGAUCUGCGGCGCUCAAGCCCUCUUUCUUCGUCAACCCAUUCGAGGGAAUUGUUCGAGCACUGUCCGGACGUCAGGUGAUGUAUGCAGAAGGAGCUCGAACCUCCAAAACGCUACCGAGUUUGGACUAUGAUAUCAUCAACGCCAAGGGGGGGAAAGGAUUCGACGCCGAAUGGUACUCCCACGACGAGAAUGACCAGCCACUCACGACACCACACAAACUCCUCGAGGUCGACGAGACGAAUAUCUUCAUCUCGACCUCUACUCCAAAAGAAAUCUCCACACGCUGGACAAUGAAACUCAGAGGCUUCAUACGGCCACGAGACGAAGAUACAAAGUUUGAGUUUGGACUGACGGUUGCAGGCCGGGCAAAGCUGUACAUUGACGGAAAUCUCGUCAUUGACAAUUGGACGCUGCAACGACGUGGCGUCGCUUUCUUCAAUACUGGAACGGAGGAGGAGUGUGGAAUAUAUCUGCUGAAAAAGGGAGUCGCACACGAAAUCUUGGUCGAAUUCAAUAAUGUCCGUGGUCCGGCAGAGGGCGAAGUCGGCGAUCAAGGGACUCUAUUUGGAGGUCCUGGCGUACGUCUGGGAGGAGCACCCGUCAUCAACGAAACGGACGAGAUCCAAAAGGCGGUCAGAUUGGCUGCAGAGGCUGAAGUCGCCAUUGUCGUCGUUGGUUUAAAUGGGGACUGGGAGACAGAGGGUCAUGAUAGAACAACCCUCAAGCUUCCUGGAAGGACAGACGAGCUUGUUACGCGGGUGGCAGAGGCAAAUCCAAACACGGUCGUGGUCACGCAGACAGGUUCCGCAAUUGAGAUGCCUUGGGUCGGCGAGGUGGCCGCUAUCGUCCAUUCCUGGUAUCUUGGCAACAGCACUGGAGAUGCCAUCGCAGACAUUCUGUUCGGAAAUGUCAAUCCAAGCGCAAAGCUCUCGCUCACCUUCCCCUUGCGACUCGAGGAUACUCCGUCUUAUGGCCACAUGCCGAGCGAGGGAACCGUGUUCUACGCCGAGGAUCUCUUUGUGGGAUAUAAGCAUUAUGUGCGGAGCAAGGUUCCCACUCUAUUCCCCUUUGGCCACGGUCUCUCGUACACAACUUUCGACAUUGAUGAACUUGUCGUAACCAAUCCUUCUGGCUCAGAUAUGAACUUUGUCGCCAGAGUCCACGUGCAGAAUACUGGGGGACGAGUUGGGUCCGAGGUCGUGCAGAUCUACGUGACGCCCUCUUCAGAGUCAAAGGCAUCCCAUCCAGUUCGUUCUUUGCGCGGAUACGGCAAGACUCAUGACCUGGCGCCUGGAGAGUCGGUCGAGGUCGAAGUCAAGUUGGAUAAGCUAGCGUUGAGUAUGUGGGAUGCACCACACAACUGCUGGAAGAUCGAAAAGGGAACAUAUACGGUCAUCGUAGGAAGAUCUGCAGAAAACGUACUCUUGUCCCAGCAAAUUCAGGUGACCAAGGAGCAAUUUUGGAAUGGUCUCUAG